UGUUUGAUGAAACUAUAGUCGUCAAGAUCAUUUCCGGAUUAUUUCAUGACAAAUUCGCGAUACUACACAUCAAAAUGUACAAUGUGUCCCAUUCUUACUCUUCCGGUAUACUCUCGGAUGUAUUAACUAAUUGCCACACAUAAGAAAUUUCAAAAUGGCAGGUUUUAUUAACUUUCUGUUGUGGAUUUAUUCUCUAUUUUUUACCGAUCUCUUGGCGACGAAAAAGACACCUGAUCGCUGGUUUGAUGUUAUGUGGAAUGUGCCGUCAGAGAAGUGUUACACAAGGUAUGGGGUAGAUUUGCCAUUAUCAGAGUUCAAUAUUCGAUCUAAUAGGAACCAGUCAUUUUCAGGUGAUUUGGUAACGCUUUUUAAUGAACCAACUCCAGGACUAUAUCCUCAAUUUUUACCGAAUGGAACGGCACAGAACGGUGGUUUGCCACAGCUGGUUAAUCAUACCAAACACUUGAUGAAAACAAAGCUGGAUAUCAUAAACAAAAUCUCAGAUAAUUUGUUUAAUGGAUUUGCUGUCAUCGAUUGGGAAGGUUGGGUUCCUAUUUUUGAUCGCAACGAAUACAGUUAUACACGAACAAUCUACAUUAACAAAUCUGAGGUUCUGGUUUCCGAACUCCACCCUGAAUGGAACCCAUCAAGAGUAAAACAUGAAGCAAGGAUUCAGUUUGAAACUAGUGCAAGAAAGUUAAUGCAGGAAACAUUAGAGUAUGCUACACAACUGAGACCAAAAGGAUACUGGGGAUUUUAUGGGUUCCCAAGAUGUUACAAUUACAGAAAAGGACAGAAACGCUGCCCCUCGAACGAUAUGGAAUACAAUAAUGAACUGUGCUGGUUAUUUGCAAGAAGUUCUUCAAUAUUGCCUUCGAUUUACUUGCCUGAAAAGUUUGGUUCAGAUGAAGACAAGCGUAUUAAAGUUUCCGGAAUCAUCGCAGAAGCCAAGAGAAUGAAAACGAAAUGUUCUAAAAAAACAACUCCAGUAUUAGCUUACUCUCGCUAUCGAUAUCGGGAUACUGAAAUUUUUUACUCAAAGGCAGAUCUAAUGAAUACUAUUCAGCAAAGUUACGACACUGGUUUGGAUGGUGUUAUAUUGUGGGACACAUCUAAUAACUUUGCUGACAAAUCUGCCUGUAUCAAUCUGAAAUCAUACUUGUUAAAUGUUCUUGGACCUUUUGUUAAAAAUUUGACAAGAACGUAAAAUUAAAACUACAAUUCUUGGACAUGGACGAUGGAGAGAGGACAGGAUAAUUUAGAAAAUAAAUGACCAGUCAUUUUAACUGGCAGAAGUAAAUAAUCUUUCCAAAGGCAGCCUGAAAAUUAAUAUUUUGACCCACAAAAUGUUGUAUAUAUAGUUGUGCAUGAAAAAUAAAAGUACAUACCAAAUAA